UCUCUCCACAUUACUGAUCUUCCUUGCAACAUCCACAGUCACUGAGCAUAGAGGAAGAACUGAAACCACACACCGUCUGUCUGCUUACAGUCUAUGUACUUAAGGACGUAUGUGGAAAACGACUACUUCCUCUCCCACUUAUCUGCACUGAAAAAAAGCUGGGACCAUGUAUGCCAUUUGAAAACGGACUACUGUGACACAGAUUGGAACGACGUGGAAAUUCCCCCAAAAUCCAGUUUCAGGUGUCAGCUGGUCUGUGUGAUUUUUACAAACCCAGUUUUCCAAGUGGAGCGUGGCCUGAACACAUCACAGAGGGACAAUGAGCGAGCUGGAACAGUUACGGCAGGAAGCGGAGCAACUACGCAAUCAAAUCCGGGAUGCUAGGAAAGCCUGUAGUGACUCCACUCUUUCGCAGAUCACAGCUGGUCUGGACUCAGUGGGCCGGAUACAGAUGAGAACGCGGCGGACUCUCAGGGGCCACCUUGCCAAGAUCUAUGCAAUGCACUGGGGCACCGACUCCAGGUUACUUGUAAGUGCCUCCCAGGAUGGCAAAUUGAUCAUUUGGGACAGCUACACAACAAACAAGAUGCAUGCCAUCCCGCUGCGCUCCUCCUGGGUGAUGACCUGUGCAUACGCGCCCUCUGGGAACUAUGUGGCGUGCGGAGGCCUGGACAACAUCUGCUCCAUCUACAGCCUGAAGACCCGUGAGGGCAACGUGCGCGUCACCCGCGAGCUGCCCGGUCACACAGGCUAUUUGUCUUGCUGUCGUUUCCUGGAUGACAACCAGAUUGUGACGAGUUCCGGGGACACCACCUGCGCUUUAUGGGACAUCGAGACUGGCCAGAUGGCCACCAGCUUCACGGGCCACACGGGGGACGUGAUGAGCCUGUCCCUCAGCCCUGACUUCAAGACUUUUGUGUCGGGGGCCUGUGACGCGUCCUCCAAGCUGUGGGAUGUCCGGGACGGCAUGUGCAGGCAGUCCUUCACUGGCCACGUGUCCGACAUCAACGCCGUUUGCUUCUUCCCCAACGGCAACGCCUUUACCACAGGCUCGGAUGACGCCACCUGCCGACUGUUCGACCUGCGCGCUGACCAAGAGCUGAUGAUGUACUCGCACGACAACAUCAUCUGCGGCAUCACCUCGGUGGCCUUCUCCAAGAGUGGCCGCCUGCUGCUGGCUGGCUACGACGACUUCAACUGCAACGUGUGGGACACCCUCAAGGCCGAGCGCGCAGGUGUCCUGGCCGGUCACGACAACAGGGUGAGCUGUUUAGGCGUGACAGACGACGGCAUGGCCGUAGCUACGGGCUCAUGGGACAGUUUCCUCCGGAUCUGGAACUAAACCCUCCACAUCACCUCCACCUCCUCCUCUAUCCCUCCCUCCACCAACCCACCCCACCCACACCACUGGUCUGGACUUGAGGGUGAACACUGUGUCUUCUCCCACCAACCCACCACCAACUCCACAACACAGGCAAAGUCCCCCCCCCCCCCCCCC